AUGGCAUGUUUAGACAUGUAUAACUCCGAGCACAAAGGUUAUUGCCCUCCAAUGAGCCCUAGAAUCUCCUUCUCUAAUGAUUUUGUUGAUUCCCAACAGAUAAUCAGGCAAGAAAGGAGCUCAAGAGAGACCCCAGUGUCCACAGACUUUGAGUUCUCAGUGACAAACUACUCCAUGAUUAGUGCUGAUGAGCUUUUCUUCAAGGGCAGGCUCUUGCCAUUCAAAGAUAAUGGCAGCAACCAAAUGCAAAGGACUAUUAGAGAUGAACUUCUUGUUGAUGAUGACGAGGAAGAUGAAGUUUCAUCAAGGCCACCUAAAAGUUCUACAAGGUGGAGAGGGUUUCUGGGUCGGAAAAGAAGCCACAUUGGUUCCAAGAAAAUUGAUAAGGGUGAAGGAUCUGUGGAGAGAGUUGGUGAAGGUAGAAGGACUGGAUUUGCCCAUGAGGAAACGCAACAUAGCAAGAGUACUUCACAGGAAAUUUUGAGUGAGGGAGGAUCAAGUUGCAGAGACGUGGAGAUUGGAAUAUAG